UUAGGGAUUGUACGAUACGAAUUGGUUUCAGUGUCUAGGUAAAUUAAAGAUUCUGUCUGUAGUUAAGUGCUCUGCGAGUGCGUCAGGUCGGGAUGCAUUAUUUAUUAUCCGUCUUGCGCAUGAGCACUACUCCUGGUGCGGCACCAGUAAAUCACAAAUCACAAAUGUACCGGCCUUAAAGGCAGGCGGACGUAAACGAUAGGUAACCGGAAAUUGCAGAGAUGUCCUACGGAAGAUAGUUAUUGCAAUUUUUGGGUAAUAAUAUUGAUACAAUAAACAAAAGAAAAUGAAAAUAAUAAUACGUUAUCACUAAGUCUGUAUUAAAUAUUAGUGACAAUGAAUCCGGUGGCUAUAAACGGUGCCAGCGACCGGCUGAUUGAUGAGGCGGACCAGCUCAUAUCGUACAUAGAGCGGGGUUCGAAUAUGUUAAAGUUCUCGCCUCGCAAACGCCCUGAGCGCAAGACACUUAUGGUACGCCGCGAAUCUCAUCAAGUGAUAUGGUACAAAAGUGGAGCACCGCAACGGCACGCGUUCGAAGGUGCACUAGACAUUCGUGAAAUCAAAGAAGUGCGAGUUGGGAAGAAUACUAAGGACUUCGAGCGCUGGUUCGAGGAAAUUAAGCGGAUAGAGAACAGCAAAUGCUUUACCAUAUUCUACGGGAACGAGUUCAAACUGCGAUCAGUUUCAUUUGCAGCACCGACGGAUAAAGAAUGCGAUGCUUGGACACAAGGUCUUAAAUAUCUUAUUGUGGAGGCUACUGACACGUCUUUCCCACUUCAGUAUGAAAGAUGGCUGAGGAAGGAGUUUUACGCCAUGGAAAACUCGAACGAAAAAAUAUCAAUAAAGGAAGUAAAAGCCUUCUUACCGAGAAUUAAUUUCAAGAUGGUCGCAAAAGACCUUAAGGACUUAUUCACUGAAGUAGAUCUAAAUAAAGAAGGGGAACUCUCGUAUGAUGAGUUUGGUCUUUUUUUUCACAAACUAACUUAUAAUAAAAACACACCCGGCGAGAUCUUCUGUAAAUUUUCUGACUACUCAGCAAAUGGCACUACGGUCACGCUGCGAGAGUUCCAGAGAUUUCUAAUUAUCGAACAAAAUGACCCCAUGGGAGAGGACGAAGCCAAGUGCUCCCAGUUCAUCAGGGACUUCCUGCGGGACCCUCAGAGGGAUAUCUCCGAGCCAUAUUUCACGCUCACUGAGUUCGUGGAAAUGUUAAUGUCCAAACAAAACAGCGUAUGGGACAGCCGCAACGAUAAAGUUACCCAAGACAUGACAAAACCUCUCUCCCAUUAUUGGAUCGCUUCCUCUCACAACACCUAUCUCACCGGAGACCAGUUCUCCAGCGAAUCCUCGAUUGAAUCGUACGCAAGAGUUCUAUCGGCCGGCUGCAGAUGCAUAGAGCUGGAUUGUUGGGACGGCCCAGAUGGAACACCCUUUAUUUAUCACGGCCACACCUUGACCACAAAGAUCAAGUUCAUGGAUGUUCUACGAACUAUAAAGGAAUUUGCUUUUCUGAAGUCUGAGUAUCCGGUGAUUCUAUCGAUUGAGGACAACUGUUCCCUGCCGCAGCAGCGACGUAUGGCGACCGGGUUCCAAGAAGUGUUCGGCGAUGCGCUGGUGGUCCAGCAGAUCGACAAAAAUGAAACUGCGUUGCCGUCCCCUGAGGCUCUGAAGUUCAGGAUUAUACUAAAGCACAAAAAACUUCCCGAGGGUGCUGAAGAGAACUCGCUCGCCUUUCGUCCCGAAGAGGGUCGGGAGUUUGACCUGCGUAACACCCUUAAAAACGGGAUACUGCUCUUGGAAGACCCAGUUGAUAAAGACUGGAAUCCUCACGCGUUCGUUUUAACAGAAAACAAACUUUAUUACACGGAACACUACAAUAACUGCGACGAUUCUGAUGACAGUGACGGUGAAGCGGGAGCCAAGCCAGUUACCAUGUCUCAAAAUGAACUGCACUUCGCUGAAAGCUGGUUCCACGGCAGGCUGGCUGGUAACCGCCAAGAGGCUGAGGACCUGUUGAGAGCGCACGCCCAUUUAGGAGACGGGACUUUUUUAGUACGCGAGAGUGUGACCUUCGUCGGGGACUACUGCCUGUCGUUUUGGCGCCAAGGCAAAGUGAACCAUUGCCGAAUAAAGCUGAAAAUGGAACGCGGACUCACGUCGUAUUACCUCAUCGACACCGUGUGCUUCGACAGCCUCUACAGUCUGAUCACUCAUUACAGACAGAACCCGUUGAGGAGCCAGUGUGAAGACAGUCCGUCCUCUCGCCUUCAAUCCAGUUCUGAUACACCAACGACAAGCGAUGGGGUCGCUUCGGAACAGGAGUUCCUGAUAACCCUCAAGGAGCCAGUUCCGCAGCCGAAUAAGCACGAGAGCAAAGAGUGGUGGCUAGGGUCAUGUGACCGCACGCACGCAGAAGAAUUACUUCGCAAGACUAAGGCGGACGGCGCAUUUCUCGUGCGCCCCAGUGAACACGAGCCGAAUUGCUACGCGAUAAGUUUCAGAACUGAAAAAGAGAUCAAGCACUGCCGUGUCAGGCAAGAAGGCCGACUUUAUGGGAUGGGCAGUGUCAAGUUCGAGAGCUUGGUCGAGCUGGUGGCAUACUACGAGAAGAAUCCUCUUUACAAGAAAGUCAAACUGUGGUUUCCAGUUAACGACGAGAUCGUGCAACGCAUCGUGGCGGAGCCGGACUACCAAGUCGUGUACGGAACACCCGGCUACAUGGACCCCACAGCUUUCAUGUCCAAGGUGACGGUUAAAGCUCUUUAUGACUACCGGGCGCGUGAGACCGACGAGCUGUCCUUCUGCAAGCACUCUAUCAUCACCAAUGUGGAGAAGAUGGAGGGGGGCUGGUGGCGCGGCGACUACGGCGGCAAGAAACGUUACUGGUUCCCCGCCAACUACGUGGAGCAGUUCGAGGGGGACCUGCCUGACAUCUAUUGCAUGGAGACCGAAUCGGCCCCGCUGGGAUCCUUACAAAAAGGAGUAAUCGACGUGGUCGGCGCCGUAGUAGAGCUGGUCCUACUUGACGACGGAGUCGGGUCCCGUUGGCUCGUGCGCAUUCAGAGCCCUACGAUGUGCAUUCCCUUCGACAUGGCCGCGCCCAACCGGGAGAUAGCCUUCGAGUGGCUCACGGCCAUCAAAGAAGCGGCUCAGAGCGCCAAUGAGAAGUCUCGCAAGCAUAAAAAGAUGGAGCGAGCGCUCCGGAUCGCAAGAGAAAUAUCCGAGCUGAUUGUUUACUGCCGCUCCGUUCCAUUCAACCAGGAGCGUCUCACGAGGACGGGAUUCGUGUUCACUGAAAUGUCCUCCUUCAACGAAACGAAGGCCGAGCGUUUGAUGUGUCAACAGGAGACGGCAUUCUUCCUACUGUACCACAUCUGGCAACUCAGCCGCAUCUAUCCCAAGGGUCAAAGGAUCGACUCGUCAAAUUACAACCCGGUGCCGCUCUGGAACGUCGGCUCACAGAUGGUUGCCUUGAACUACCAGACGCCGGACAAACCUAUGCAAAUUAACGUGGGCAAGUUCAAACAGAACGGCAAUUGCGGGUAUGUUCUGAAACCCGAGGUGAUGAUGCUGGAGGGCUACAGCCCGUACCAUAGCAGCUUCGUGGAGAAGCGAGUUCGCCCGAUGACGGUGAAUGUUAACGUCAUCCUGGGGCGGCAUUUGAUCAUGGCGAGCCGAGGCCCUUUCGUCGAGCUGGAGAUCAUUGGGGCGGAGUACGACAAUGGGUUGAAAAUCGGGACGAGGCCAUCAACCGAGAACUUCACCAAUCCCAUAUGGAAUGAGUACUGCGAGUUCGUGGUGAAGUUUCCCGAUUUGGCAUUGCUGAGGUUGGCUGUGAUGGACGAGGAUAUUUUCGGAGACCCCUAUGUCAUCGCCCACGCUGUCUACCCCCUGACCUGCCUGCGAGGAGGUUUUCGGAGCGUGACCCUGCUGAACGGCCACUCGGAAGAGCUUGAGGCAUCGGUUUUACUGGUGCACUUUACUUUCACGCCAGGUAAAAUGGUACCUGUGACCCCAGCUUAAUACGUUAAAAUGUUGACGUAUUAAGUUAUAUAGUUCGUCCGCUCAAAUAGACCGCUGUUUCCCCCCUGGAUAUUUUAGAAACUAUAGUGCAAUGUUGGUGCUUUAACAGCGAUUGUACAUUACAUACCGAGUCUUUGAAGUAACCGACGCCCACCUUUCGGUACGGCGGCCUUAUUCAAAUAUUUGAGCGAACGAGCUAUUAGAACUGCUACGAUACCGCAUAUCCGACAUCGACUACUGCUACGAUUCUAAUGACCGAUAAUGUGGACCUGAAGCCCUUAGUGUAAACUUUCGAGUAUAAGUGUUAUUCGAAGUAAUGUUUGUUAUUUGUCAAUACAGUAUAUAAUUUUGGCUAACAAUACAAAAACGAAUACGUCACGUCACGUCAGAUCACUUAAAGACUUCACGAGGUGUCGGAAAGUUCUCGAGUUAACUGUUUUUUGUGUUAUUUGAUUGAUUAACGUAACUAUGACGUUCGUGAACUUGAAAAUUUGCACUAAGCCACAGGACGCUCUUAUAUUGUUUUGGCGUAAGUACAAUAAUUUGUACGGCUUUAUCCGGCCAAAACGCCAAAACUAU